AGACAAUGAGGGAAGGUCUCUGCCGACCGCCUGCUGCUUCUUGUUCGGGCACUAGAGGCUGCAGCCUGCAGCCGCCGCCUCCUCCUCCAGGGCUCCGCUCCUCGCUCGUCCCUCCGUCCCACUUGGGACGGUCCAAGUCACCCAGCGCUGGCCCCCGGGGCGCCGGGACGCCAAACCCAGCCGCAGCCGCUCUUCGCUGACUGCUCUUUCUCUGCUUUGCAGGUCGGCAGCUUUGCGGCCGAGGGUGUCGCGAUCCGAGGCGGCGAGGACAGGGCGCCUCUGGCCCAGCCAGCCGGGCAGGAUGCGGCGCGGGCAGCAGCGCUAAGCGCCCCCACGCUGGGCACGGGGCGGACUCGCUCCGGGCGGCGGGCCGAGCGGCGGCGACGGAGGGGAUGCGCCCGGGACGCGCAAGGCUCCUGCCGCGAGCUACCGCCCCGAGGUGGACGCCAAGCAGGGCUCAUCGCAGGACCGCGCGGACCCCAGUCCCCCGGGGUACGCGGCUGCCGAGCCUCGGGGCAGCGUCUGAGGUCAGGAUGCCCUGGGCGCCUCCCUGCUGGUGAGGAUGCCCUGCGGCGCCGCUCCGCAUCCCCAGCCCCAGUCCGUGGUGGGCAAGACUGCGUGGGCCCAGCUUCAGCCCCUCGUCCCGGUGGAUGAGAAGCGCUGGAGUCCUUGAGUGGAUCAGCAAUCGAAUCUGAAUUCUAAGAGCCAUGGACGAAGGCACUGGGCUGCAGCCCCAGGCGGCAGAGCAGCCGGAAGCAUCGGCCACAGUAGGAGCUGUCCCAGAGAAGUGCGAACCAGAGACCUUCAGGUCCCAAAGUUUACCCGUCCUCAAUAGCACCUCCUGCCGGCCAGACCUAAGUCCCGCGAGUGUAGGCGCCAAGCCAGCCUUCGGCUGUCCAGAUUCUUUGUGCCAUCAGGAGUUGAAGCAAGGCCUGAGCCGGUUGGCCCCCAGCCUCUCUGCCCCGUCCACUUCGGCAGAGAUGGCAGGGCUCGUGGAAUGUAACCACAGGGUGGACGUCAUCAAAACCGUGUCGGUGUCCUCCGCUUUGGCCACGCUCCAGGGGAGAAGGUGCCUGUACGUGGUCCUCACUGAUUCCCGUUGCUUCCUGGUUUGCAUGUGCUUUCUGACCUUCAUCCAGGCGUUAAUGGUCUCCGGGUACCUGAGCAGUGUCAUUACCACCAUCGAAAGGCGCUACAGUCUGAAGAGUUCCGAGUCGGGGCUGCUGGUCAGCUGCUUUGACAUCGGGAGCCUGGUGGUGGUGGUGUUCGUCAGCUACUUCGGCGGCCGGGGUCGGCGGCCCCUGUGGCUGGCCGUGGGCGGACUUCUCAUCGCCGUCGGGGCAGCCCUCUUCGCUUUACCUCACUUCAUCUCGCCUCCCUACCAGAUCCAGGAGCUGAACGCCUCGGCCUCCAACGACGGCCUGUGUCAGAACGGCAACUCCACGGCGCCUUUGGAGCCUCCGGCCUGCCUGAAGGACUCGGGAGGUAACAGUCACUGGGUCUAUGUGGCUUUAUUCAUCUGCGCACAGAUUCUCAUUGGAAUGGGCUCCACACCGAUUUAUACCCUGGGACCAACCUACUUAGACGACAAUGUCAAGAAAGAAAACGCAUCCUUGUACCUAGCCAUCAUGUAUGUCAUGGGAGCACUUGGUCCUGCGGUGGGAUAUUUAUUAGGUGGACUCCUUAUUGGUUUUUAUGUUGAUCCCAGAAAUCCUGUUCACCUUGACCAGAAUGACCCUCGUUUCAUUGGAAACUGGUGGAGUGGAUUCCUCCUUUGUGCCAUUGCAAUGUUUCUUGUGAUAUUCCCAAUGUUUACUUUUCCAAAAAAGCUUCCACCUCGACACAAGAAAAGGAAAAAGAAAAAAUUUUCUGGUGAUGUUGUUAGCGAUGACGCCGUUAUGAAGGAGAAACCAAACAAUAGUGAACACGUGGACAAAAAAGUUUCUUCUAUGGGAUUUGGCAAGAAUGUCAGAGACCUACCAAGAGCAGCUGUCAGAAUCUUAAGCAACAUGACAUUCCUUUUUGUGAGUUUGUCAUACACAGCUGAGAGUGCCAUUGUAACUGCUUUCAUUACCUUCAUUCCCAAGUUCAUCGAGUCACAGUUUGGUAUUCCAGCUUCCAAUGCCAGCAUCUACACUGGUGUUAUUAUUGUCCCCAGUGCCGGCGUUGGUAUUGUCCUGGGAGGCUACAUUAUAAAAAAAUUGAAACUUGGUGCAAGAGAAUCUGCAAAACUCGCAAUGAUCUGCAGUGGUGUGUCUUUGCUGUGCUUUUCAACCCUGUUUAUUGUUGGAUGUGAGAGUAUUAAUCUAGGGGGCAUAAACAUCCCUUAUACAACAGGACCUUCUCUCACCAUGCCUCACAGGAAUCUGACAGGAAGCUGCAAUGUUAAUUGUGGCUGUAGAACGCAUGAGUAUGAGCCAGUCUGUGGAUCAGAUGGAAUUACAUACUUUAACCCUUGUCUGGCUGGCUGUGUUAAUAGCGGUAAUCUCAGCACUGGGAUAAGGAAUUACACAGAAUGCACCUGUGUCCAAAGCCGGCAAGUGAUCACUCCACCCACGGUGGGACAGCGCAGUCAGCUCCGCGUGGUUAUUGUCAAAACAUAUCUCAACGAGAAUGGCUAUGCUGUGUCCGGGAAGUGUAAACGGACCUGUAAUACCCUCAUCCCAUUCUUGAUUUUUCUUUUCAUAGUCACCUUCAUCACAGCAUGUGCCCAACCAUCAGCCAUCAUAGUAACACUCAGGUCCGUUGAGGAUGAGGAGAGACCCUUCGCCCUGGGAAUGCAGUUUGUUCUGCUGAGAACACUUGCAUACAUUCCUACUCCGAUUUACUUUGGAGCAGUUAUCGAUACCACCUGCAUGCUCUGGCAACAGGAAUGUGGAGUGCAGGGCUCCUGCUGGGAGUACAAUGUGACAUCGUUUCGUUUUGUCUAUUUCGGUUUGGCGGCCGCCCUCAAAUUUGUUGGCUUUAUUUUUAUUUUUCUGGCCUGGUACUCCAUUAAAUACAAGGAGGACGAACUGCAGAGGCAGAGGUGGCGAGAAUUCCCCCUGAGCACUGUGAGUGAGACAGUGGGCCACACUGACAAUGCCGAUAAGUAUGCCCGGACUAGAUCCUGCCCAGCGUUCAGCACCCAGGGAGAAUUCCACGAAGAGACUGGUCUGCAGAAAGGGAUCCAAUACACAGCACAGACCUAUCCGGGGCCCUUCCCAGAAGCAAUAAGUUCCUCUCCAGACCCAGGGCUGGAAGAAAGCCCUGCUACCAUGUAGCCUCCCUCCUGAAUCUUGAAAACGGAAGACUUUAGUUUUGUUGGUUGAGUUGAAUAUGGCGACUUGAGAAACACCCGUGCCUUCUUUUCUUUCUUUUUUUAACCUCUAAAGACACAAUCCUCAAACCAACAAAACUCAGUAUACACAGCCACUGUUGACUGAGGGCUGGAUACCUCAACAAGACUAAGAGCCUUUCCCCCCUUCUCUCCAAGAAGGAGGCGUGUAGAUUUGUUACCAUUUCUGCUAUGUUAAUUUAAUGCUCAUGCUCUAAUGUGGUAUCAGGCUGAGGCACAUGGUUAACAAAAUCAUCAGAAGUGCAAUGGCGGUGCGUAUCAUUAGCAUACACUCCAAACAAAGGUGAGCUUUUGACCAUGACUUUGCAUUUACAAGUCAAAGUUUUUAGACAUGAACACCUACUGUGAGUUCUGCUACAAAGCACAAAUGAAUUUGCCUCAACUAUGCAAUUUGAUUGGGAAAAUAUAAGUGCAGCAUGUUAUUUUGCUUUCAGAAACUAAAGCAGAUAUGUUUUUGAAAAAAGGAAGCUAAACUUUCCCUAAAGUACUGUUAAUAGCAUUUUAAGCCAUAGCGGAGUUAUAAAUCAGGUAGAAUUUUUCAAAUGCUUCAAAGGAACCAUAUGCAUAGGGUGAUAAAAGGAACAGCGGCCUCAUUUCAUAAGACACAUUCUCUUUUAGUCUGUCUGCCCCAUCAUAAGGUAGUGAAAGAGGCUACUGAAUCAUAAAUCUGAUAGCUUCAAUAUAAACGCCAGGAUUCUUUUGUAAGGGGCUUUAAGUCUAGUGUCCUAAACGAUAUGGCUAGAAACUGUAAUUUGAGAUGCAUAAUAAGGAAAGAAAGUGAUGGCUUUCUCAUCCAAAGAAAAUUGCUGCAGAAAUUCUUUUAGCUUUUAAGGGCCCACGUAAGUGUAGUUAAGAAUUGUAACCUUGACACUCAGAAUAGUUGGAAAAAGAAAUUCCACAAAAGUAAGAUUGAGUCUCACCUGAUCAUUUUAGUUAUAUACCUGGAAGCACUAGCAAGUCUGUAUUGUUUUCUUUUUUAUGGAGAGAAGAUUGCUGUGGUUGCUCCUGAAAUCGAGUAAUUAUAUCAGGGAAGCUAUACUAUGAUAGGAAAGUCACUUUGAGUACAGGAAGAGGGAGAUCUGUGAGCUGGAUCUAGAAUAUGAUCCGAAGUCAUGAUUGAAAAUUGUUUAAAAUGAACUGGUCUGUCAUACUGAAUCUUACUUUAGCAGAGUUAGAAUCAUUUCACACCUCCCUUUGAUUCCUUCCUACUGUAACCUCCGUGACGUGAUUCUGAGAGAGGAUUUUUCUGUUCCUAAACACACUUUGGGUUCAUUAUCCAUCAUCCUUUUCAGUACCACCCAGCACAUCACUUGGACUUAGGCACCACACAGAAUGCUUUCUACAUGGUUCUUAUGGUAGAUGCCUCCUGAAGCACUGUAGACUGAUUGCAGGUUAACUCAUGGGAUCUCGCUGCUCAGAAAAAGAAUCAUGACAACUCAGAUUUAGGAGGGACUGUGAGGUCCAAGUACCAAUAUAACUGUGAACUGUUUCUGCCAAGGAGCCUAUGCUUAUGUAGGGCUAAUUUGAGAAGUGGUUUCCUUGGCUGCUUUACACUCUUUCACAGAGGGGAUAUGAUUGACAGAACUGCCCCAUGAGUCAGGCUUUUUGCCCUCCAUCCUUGGCUGUACCAGUAGAGUUUCGUGAAUAUUCCUGGGUACAAGGUUGUUUUCCUCUCUACCGAGGAAUGGCAUUGGCUAAAUGAUUCUCUUAGUUGCAUGCAGUUUGUGGAGAGGGUUAUCACUAUUAGACUUAAAAAUGUCUACAAGGGGUGGGCCAGUGGUCUCAGGUGACAAGGACUUCCUUUUGAGCAGUCUCGUUUGGCUCAGUUGUAAGAACCAGUGUUGCCUGUAAUUACACGGGUGUCUGUCAAACUUUGGUCAACAUGGUGUAUAUUGAAGGUCUUCAGAGAAUAUCACUGAUUAACCUAGUGUCUACUCUGGGCCUCAGGGUUCCCCUUUUCCCUUUAUGGGAGAUCUUUGAUCCCUUAGAAGAGAAAGUUUCCUUUUGUGUUGGAGCUAAAGAUUUGUAGGUUGGGGAGAGGUGGUAUUUUCUUAAUUUUCCUCUGAUGGUUAAGAAACUGCAUUGAGAGAAUUUUGGUGGGAUUGGCAGUUUUUUAUUUGUAGCUAAAGAUUGUGUGUUCCAACAGUCUUAGAAUUUCUCUCUUCUUGGUAGUACAUUUUGAAAAGGAGCCUCUCUCAGAACUCCAGGCUAGGAAAUGAUGGACUCAUCAGGUAUAAAUAGAGAGUACUCCCCUUCUCUACCUUGAACAGUCAUCCAGUUCAGCCAGCACUGGCGGGAAGCCAGUUCUCUAUCAGGCACCCUUUCACCCAAUUACCAUCUGCCACUCUGUGAAAUCCUUUGAGCUGAUUAGGCCAGAAUUGAAGUCUAGCCUAUUAAUUGGCCUGAAUUGUGCACCACAAUGUUAACAUUGUACUUCCUCGAGUAUCCAAUACCUAUAAAUAGCAGGUGUAUCAUUAACGUUUUGUUGGUGAAUGUAGAAUAAGUAGUACAAAUCAUGGGCGACUGAAGUUCUGGAAUAAGUACCAAUUAAGAGUUGUCCCCAAAGUGCUUUGGGCUCUGGUAGCAUCAUUGGAAUAUUACAUAAUCAACUUGAGCAACUAUUUUAUAGAUGAUACCAUUUAAUUGUACAUAUGAGGUUCUUAUAUGAUUGUUAAUAAAUUAGGCCAUGUUACUUUAUAGUCACGGCUCCUGUUAUAAGUUGAAUUGCCACUCUCCAUGAGCUUAGGCUUCUAAUUACUUGGUUUGAGGAAAGGUCAUCUUAUUCCUUUAUAAACUCUGUAGAUUCAUAUAUUAUUUGGCUUUAAUAUGCAAAUAUAAUGUCCUUGAGUCUAGCCUAUUAAUUGAGACACUGCUGGCCAGUGGGGUGGGCGGUUGGAGCACAUUCUUUUGGUUAUCUUCAUUAGAAUGAAAGCCUUAUCCUUUGUAGGUGGAUUUCAUUCUUGAAAACAAUCAAAAGUCAUUCAGAACUAAAGUGGGGGAAGAAAGGAGGAGCAGAGAGGAAACAAGAGUAGCAUUUGUUGAGUGUUGAUUAUUUGCAGAACCUUUUGUCAAGCACUUACUAUACAUCGUUCAUUUUAAUCCUCUGAAUGACUUUGCAAGACAACUAUUUUUAUUUGAUUUUUAAAAACAGAUGAUGAAAACCGAGGCUCAGAGAGGUAAAGUGACUUGUUUAGGAUUGUACAGAGCAGCCAAGUCAGGGUUCAGACACAGGUUUCUCCGUCUCCAUGACCCCCUUCUUACACUACGUAAUGCACACAAUAGUUUUGGUCAACAAAGGCAAGAAGUGACUAUAAGAUACUGCAGUAAAGCAUGUCAUUUUUUGAUGUGUUACUGUUUCUGAAGAGUAGAGAAGUCGUUAUUUCUUUGUGUAAAACAGAAAAAAAUUCUCUAGGAAACAUCAAAAUUUAAUGUGUAGAUUUUCAAGGUAAAUUUACAUUUAUUUAGCUAAGUGUUAUAUUCAGAAUCGUUUGUCAUAAUAUACCUCAAGUAUUUAUUUCUUGUUCAUAUUUAAUAUAGAACAAAUCCAAUUUUGGUGUUAACGUUGAAUAUCCGUAGAGUUUCUGAAAUGAAACAGAUGAGGAAAGGUGGUUCAGAUUAAUUGAAUCUGAGCUUUGGGGAUUUCAAGUGUAUGCUUUUUUUUUCCCCCUCUUUCAGAAUGUUAACAUUUCCAUUAGUCUUUUGGUGAAUAUCAGUUUAAGUUUCAUAAUAAAAGUUUUAAAUGAACAUAUACAAAGUGUUACAUGUUAAAUGAACAUAUACAAAAUGUUGUAAGUUACAUCCCAAACCUCUGACCCGAUUGUUGCCUGUUAACCGUU